AGUAUAUGACCUUCUCCCCAAAGAGCUGCAGCUGCCGUCCACCAGCGAGAACGACCCCACAGCCAUGAGCCAGAAGAGCGGUGGAGAGGCGGGGCCCCCGCCCCCUGCAGCCCUCGCUUCGGGUAAGCCCCCAUCUCGUGCCCUCGCUCUCGCCAUCCCCCCCGUUGUCCUUCGUUGGCCGUGAGCAGUGCUGGCAAUGGUUCCAUCUUGCUUCCUGGAGUUCAGGCCUCUUUAGGCCACCUGUCUGGUCUUUUAAACACCUUCCAGCUGCUAGGAAUGUAGAGUAAGUGCAUGAUCCGGACUGUAGCUGUUUGCGGAAAGGCUAGUGAUGGCCCUUAAAAGUAAAAUGGCCCUGUUUCUGUUUGUUUUAUCUGUUUGGCCUGUAUUAUGAUAGAGGUGAUGGACUCAAAGCUUUUGGCUGGAGCGACAGCAUGUGUUCUUCUCAGCCUCUGUGUGUGAAUAGACUUUGGCUUAUUUCAAUUUCUGAAAUUAGGUGGUGGGUGUAUUUUAGUUUGUUCCAGCAUGUAUUGUUUCUUUUUUGAAGGUGAUAAUGUUCAUGUUGUAGGUUUUUCUAGAUAUUCAGACAACAGACGCCCAUUAUUUUUGUUCCAAAGUGCAUUUAAAAUAGUCUGAGGUGGACCUUUUUGGAGUGAUAAACGUUUUGCACCAUUUUCAGACCCUUUUAUUUGUAGACGGAAUCUUGUAUGUAUAAGUGGCAUCAGGUAGGUUGAAAGCAGAGCAUAAAAGCUUUGAAAAUUCAGUACUUUCAUUAAAAGGAGCAUUUUCCAUCAGGUUGUAUAUUUGGCAGGAAUGGAAGUGUUACACCAAAAUCGUAACUCAUUUUGGUUUCUUCACUAGUACUUUGUAGAGGUGCAUGCAAGCUUAGGCAGUGCUGACCUUUGAGCUUGACCUCUGGUGUGAAUGUUGUGCCUUGUAGUCAGGAAAAAUACUUUUCCCUGUCUCGCUGCAGAGCGGCGCCACUUCUGGUCUUGGGGGGACAGAGAUAAUGGACUUAUGAGCAAGUAAAAUCGGUGCAAAUGCCACGAUUUAUUAUUAAGAAGGGGGUUCACAAUUAAAUGUCACAAUUGCAAUUGGCUUGUAUCACCAAAUCCUCUCACCACAGGCUUCACUCCAUUUGGGAGCAGGUCCAUUUGAUCCACACAGGCUCAGCCUGAACAAUGGAGAUGGUCUGAAGCUGGGUUCUAAACCAUUUCAGUACUGCUCACAGAACGUUGUGGUCCAAUCUGCAUAAAUAUUAUAAUAACGUGAUUAUUAUAAUAAUGCAGUAUGAAAUUAGAAGUUUUACUAACUGUUCACUUGCAUUUGUUUUGCAGAAGAUGUUAAUUGCCAGCUUAUAAAGUGCUUAAGUUAUUUCAUACACUCACAUAAUUUUUUCCGAAACCGCUAACACGAGUGUUAAAAUAGCUACCAAAAGCGAACCACCCAAGCCCUACUUGCCUGAGAAAAGUGGUAACAUUCCACUCGCAGGCUUAAUCAAUUGCUUCCCUCACAAACAUGUGAAACGCAUAGUGGAAGAGAGGUGUAAAGCCACAAUUUGGUUGUUUUGCACAGAUCUGAACUGCACAUUCAAAAUGCAAUUCACCUUAGUGUCUUUACUCUGCCCCUCAUUGAAGUCUUUAGAGUGAGUUUCAGUAGAACCAGAAGUCUAUUGCCUUUGGACAUCAGUUCCUAACUGCAGGCACUUGCAUCCCCCUGGCAAGACGGGGCUCUCUGGCUGUAUCUGAAGGAAGGUGAAGUAUUUUUCCAGUUUCAUGAUUUUUUUUGCUCCAAAUUGGCCUUACCUUUUCUGGCCUCUUUUUCAUUUUUAUAUAUAUAUGAUUUAUUUUUGCUUUGGUUUCUUUAUCCCCAUUUCUGGAAUCCAGACCUUUAUAUAAAUGGCUUUAAGUGUGACAGUCUGGACUGGUUUUCACCGUUCAGUAGAUGGGGAGCAGACCACUGGGUGAAACCUCGGGGGAUGUUCUGACUGGUCUAGGGGGCAGAGGGGAUGGUGGGUGGAGGAGCAGGCCUUGUUCUCCAUGUGGAAUUCCCCGUGUGUCCCGUCUUUGGGGUCACACUUGACAGCUCUGUUAGCACUUCUAUCCAGGCCCCUCAUUUGAGUCACUGCCGCAGAUAUACAUGGCUGGGUGGCUGUACCAGCUCCCACCUCUUUAACCUCAGUAUCUACUUUAAAUUAACACCCCUGCACCCCUCCCCCCCAGUGUCUCUGGGACAUGAUUUAUGGUAUUCAGUAUCAGUAUUUAUGGUACUCAGUAUCAGUAUUUAUGGUACUCAGUAUCAGUAUUUAUGGUACUCAGUAUUGCCUCUUGUGGCUCUGCACAGGCAGUAUCAUUUGAAUGCCGGGCUCCUUCUCCUCCUUAGUUCAUUAUCUGCCCCAUGUGGUACCUUUUCUUUCACAUUCAUAACUGCCUGUUGCUGUCAUUGAAAUGUUACAUGUUGUUUUCUUUUAGGAUACAAGUAUUAACGUCAACAUGAACUAUUAAUGGAAGUCCAAAUUCGGCUUUCGUCUUUGAAGAAUAAAUUUAAGAAAUGUGGUCUAGUAAUAGUGCAUUUUGAUAGGUUUGGCACCUGAACAACUGCGGAAUGGGUGUCAGACGGAGCAUCUCCCAUUUUUAAUGUUGAUACCAUCAUGAUAAAGGGCAGGACUACCUUCACUACACUGUGAGUCGGUUCAGUAAAUGCCCGUCUGUGGCAGACGCUGUUGUCAUGGCACCAACUGUUGCCCCUGGUGACACAAAGGCCUACCCGUCACCGUUAUCUUGCGUCACAUCCUUCCAUUCAAGCGGCGAUAUUUCACUCCCCCCGCCCCCUACCCCCACCCCGCUGUCCCUGGGCAGGGCGUGUCCAAUGUCAGGUAGGGAUGUCAGCAGGAAUCAGACUUUUAGUUCUGCCAAAAAUCAAGGUUUGUUGCAUGAGUUGGAUGAAAAUGCAUUUCCUUCCUUGCAAGUCUAUUUUUAUGAUAAAUAUGUCAUAAAACUACCAGCAAUUACUAAGAAACAGCCAUCAUUAUGUUAAUAAAUUAUGUAGUUUAUAUAGAAAUUUUAUAGCCUCUGGAUAUUAUGUGCGCAGGAAACAUUUAAUUUAACAGUAUUGAUCCUGCUUUAACAUGAACUAAAAAUGUAUAGAAUAGCGAAGGAAAGUUUCGUAUGUAUUGCUAGGAUGUCAGUUGUUUUUGCCAUUAAUGCAUUUGACUUGCAUUCUAGCUUGAUCCUUCUAGCUUGGUCAUUCUGUCAGUAGUGAAAACAUUCAGUCCCAGAGACGCUUAACCCAUCAAAUCUCACUCAAAGCUACAGUCCGGUUUAGUCUAACAUCCAGAUAUUUCUAUUUUGCUUUUCAACUUUCAUCGGGUUUCUCUUAUUACUGUUAUAACUGAGUAAUUAAAAGAUUUCCCCCCUGCUGGGUGUUUCUGUGGUAUUCAGUAGGCAAUCUGGAACGCUGUGUAGUGAAAAGACAGGCAAAUUUCUGCCAGCGGUGACAUUGGAAGGGAUGGGGGGGGACCUCUACCCCCACCCACCUCCGCUCUCCAUCCCAUCAGAGGAGGCAAGGGUUUCUGGGACACGUGGCUCUGGGAAGCCCCCUGAUGCUGGGUAUCAUACUCAGGACCCUCCACCCGACUGAACACAAAUGGGAUCUGUUACCAUUUUAUUUUUUAAUAAAACCAGUGUCUUGAAUACAGCUUCACCCUCUCCUGGAGUGUCUGAUUUUCUUCUGGUCACUGCUUUAGGUGUCUAAGGUGUUUCUUAGCUCAUUCUGUCUGCCUCUGCUGUUUUGGGAGAAUAAUCUCACUGGACCUCGUUACCCAUUACUUCUGGGAGGCUGCCAACACUUAAACAUAUAUAAAUAAAUAAAAAGGAAUAACAUUAUGGUCCAAAAAAUGUGUAAAGGCAACAGCUGGUUUGCAGCCAGGUUGAGUUUACCAACAUAAACAUCAAUGACCAGGUAAACCUCAAAUGUUAAAAGGAUGACUUCACGUUACUGAAAUUGACAGAUUUAGUAAUGGAACUGCAGUUAGAUUUUGUACAAAACCAUGCUUUUUAAAUUCCGCUUUGGUUACAACCGAAAAAUGGAAAUUUGAAUAAAAAUAAACAUUUUAUCUUUUUAUUGGUGGCUUCAUUUUAAUGGACUUUGUACCUCCUUUAUGUGUGUCUUAAACUCUUUCCUCAGCACUAAUGGCUGUUGAAUACUGCCACGUCACAAAGGAAAUAUUCAGUACAGCCCGCCUGCCCCCUUAAAGAAGGCAAUGCUUUUGGAAUAAGAUGACAGUCUUUUGUCUAAGAGCUUCUGAUGGUCAUAAUCAGUACGUGUAUACUUUUCUUAGCUGUGUGCACUGUAAAUAAUUAGGCUAUGAAAUUGGCUUGGAUUUCUUUGUGUAAUGUCAAUUUAACCCUGCUGUAAUUAAAGUAUCCUUUUGUGUGUUCAUGCAUCAUGUGGUAUGUUUUAGACAUAAUCGGUUACCCAACCAAAGGAAGUGUCAUGAAGUAUCAAGAGUUGGCUCUAUAGUGCUUCUGUUCCAUUGGCCAUUAUGGCUUUACUACAAAGAGUAGUAAAGUUUACAAGAUGCUUCUAAUUUCCCGGGGGGUUGAGCAGGUUCGUUAAAUCUGCCAUCCUGCUCUGCAGCAUGACCAUGGAAGGGUGUUAGUCCUGAAAAGCAAGCUAAUCAGAGAAACCCUGGGUGCAGGAUCACCUAUUAUACCAAACUGUUGACUGCACUAAUCACAGUGUAUUUUGUCUGCUGAGAAAGUGUCGCUUCAGUAUGACUGUGAUUGUGCCUAUUUUUAGCUAUUACAAAGUAGAUAAAGUUCAACAAUUUUAGGUGCUUAAAAAUGCAGAAAUUCCAUGAUUGCCUAAUGUUAAUGAAAUAAAAACAAAAUGUUUUGAGAAUUUUUUAACCGCUGUAUCUGGUGGUUAAAUGAUUGGAAUUUGCUUCAGAAUUCUUCAUUGUAGAACAAAGUCCAGGUCUCUAGGCUCGGUGCUAAUGGAAUUUUAAUGUCACAAAAUAAAAAGAUCAAAAAAUUUAACUGAAUGGGGAUGGGACAGUUGAUGUUGCCCUGUCUUUUCUUCCCUUUCCCCAUUAUUCAGCAAUUCUGGUAGCCUGUUUGGAUCAGUGGUACACGAACAGUCCAACAUGGGGGAAUCGUGGGAAAGCAAUAAGUAAGGAAUGGGGGGGUAAGCUUAGCUUUCACAUUUCAGGCUCUAAUUCCAGUGACCAGUACAGAUCCCUCCACUCCCUGUCCAUCUGCUGGACAUUUCUAUAUUUCUUUUUGUUAAACAGUUUCAGGUGACUCAUUUUCCCCACUGGAAAUACUACAGCUGUCGCAAGGACAGAUUCUUACAUGGUCACGUGACCGCCUGUUAGGACAAUAACAGAAGGCCACUCCCUUAACACAGCACAGCACAGGCCCGCCCACAAAUAGUGCUUAGCCUGUAACAACAACACGACCAGAGGGGGCAAAACCAAGAGCAGGGAACCUAAACAAAGCUGAGGGAUUAUAAUAAGCAGGCUUCACUCGCUGGUGCUCAGAGUGUUGGAAAGAACAGCCUCUCCACUGUGUUUUUAAAAGUGUGAGCCACAUGGAAGCAAUUUGACUGCUGGCGGUGAAAUCUGCUUGUUGAAAACAAUGUCAGCAGACAGGCAGUGUGGGGACUCGUGCUCUCAGUGGCUGCAGACCGCGAGCUGUGGUUCCCAUUUUUCUUUUUUUUUCUUUCUUUUUUUGGUUCUUUGUGAAAUACUUUGCAUGACAGACAUUCUUAAAUGAUUUUUAAAAUAUAUAUGUUUAAGCUGUUUUCCAUUAUUUAAAAUACUUAUGCCAAGGUUUCCAAAAACCACUGCUUUUAUUUCAUUCUUUAAGUUAUAGGAUGGAAUAUGAAAUGUGUGAAAAUGGAACUGGAUUAACUCAUGUGCUCCAGGUCUCCUCUGGAGGAAUCUGACUGGUCUUAGGGAGUCGGAGCCUGUCGGGUUAAUGGCCGAAUGGCUGGACUGACGUGCAAAUAAACAGAACUGUAUCCGUUAUGAUUUGCAGUGUCUGCCCUCAGUGUUGUUAGAACGCCUCAGAAUAGCAAACCGUCACGUGACAUCAGUUCGUCGGUCUCUGAAGAUCAGUGUCCUUAAAGCCUGUUUUGGAGCAAAUACACCAAAACAACCUAAACUGAGGACCUUUCUCAGCAUCUGAUCUCCUAUGUCUUUAAGAAGCAACGUGCAUCUGCGAUAAGAGCCCACUCUGCAAGCAGUAGCAUCCAAAAUGACUCUGCUUAACAAAGACAACACUGUUCGUUAGUUGUGUGUAGAAAUAAAUGAAGUCAUCAUCCUUUGCGCACUCAGUUACGUUUUCACUCUCGAAGGGUCCUGUGUGUUGAAGGCAUCAUGCUGGUACCGUCCCUCAGUGUGAAAGGGAGGCAGAGGGAUGAGCAAUUUGAAAGCAUUCUUGAACAUCUGGCAGCCUCCCCUUUCCUGUGUCCUCUCCUGCUCUGCGGUUCUCAACAAUCGUGGUUUUUGAAUGCCAUUAAAAAAUGUGCAUUUUUCUUCCUAAUAACAUUCCGUACGCAUGCUUACAUUAUGAAAAUUUAAGCAAAACUUUUUACUUGUAUGUUUCACAAGAAAGUUUGCAUGAUUAUUAUAUUCCCAGGCUAAAGUCUUUUUAUCAACUAGCAUAAUGAAAAUAAGCAGCUUUUGCAGUUGUGCCAGUCAGCUCUUUGAUGUUUUGUCUUUAGCUUUUUUCUGCUUUUCUUGAUCAUCAUUGAUUAUUCAGAAAUGAUCAAGUAUGGCCAAUGCUGAGGUUUGAAUUAAACGUUUUGUCUAAACUGUCUAAACAGUAAGAAGUAACAUAGCCUUUCUGUUUUAGGGCCAUUUUUCCCACAUAUGGGAAAUGUAACCGGUUUUCAGAAAUUAUUCUGUCUGUGAAAGUCUCAAUUAGACCAAAAACUUUUUUUUUUUUAAUUUUGUUUGUGUUUGUCUUCAUUGGUUUGUUUCGGAAUCCCGCUGAUGAAAAUACAUUAAAAUACCAGAGAGCCUAUCCCCUAUCUACACAGGCUUUCUUGCUAUGCUAAGAGCUGCUUUUAUUUUGGUGAAUCAUUGGGUGCAUGUUUUUUUUUUUUUUAAAUCAUUUUAGCAACUGUACAGUGAGAAUGUGCUUCUUGUUGCCUUUCGGCAGAACAUCAGAGCACUUGUGUAAAUACUAGGUAAAAGCAGCCUUUGAGAUUCCUUGCCGCUUCAUCUCUUCUGGCAUUCCUGCACUUUGAGGUGUGCCUUUCAGGCCCGUGUGUAUCAAUCUCUACACGCCUGGCCCUGUUUUUUUUCCCCCUCUCUCCCCCUUCUCCUGUUUAUCCAAACUCACUGCUGCGUCUCAGUUUUGCAGCUUGUCCCUGCUGUGGUUGGAUUGGAGUCGCCGCCAUCAUUUUUAUCUGGUGGUGUCCGGCCACAGUUCCUCCUCCUCAGUAUUGGUGACCGGUCUUAUGCUCCACUUCGCUAAUAACGAUGCCUGCUGAAAUGCUUCUCUUUGCCCCCUCCCACACACAUGUCUGUAAGCAAAGGGGUCUUCUGGGACUUCUGUAGUAGACCUCUAUGUUGUAGUAAUACUUGGCGAGGAAUGUUGCCCUCCGACAUUAGCCGAAUAUUAGUGGAACAAAGAUUUUCCCCGGCACUUCCCCAACACUUACUCCGUAAAGCAAGUAUGGUGAUUAAUCCCUUUCAUGUGUCGCUUCCAAUAUGCCAAGAGUUUAAAAUAGUUUUUAAUAACCUGGUCUGUAAGCUGUUUGCUUCAAUUUGACGUAAUCUGAUUACUUUUAAAUACUUACCAACUGGAGAAAACUCAUUAACACAAAACACAAUAGCAUGUCAGAUUAAAUGGAACAUAGCCUAUGACACUACUCCAUUUCAUUACUCUCAGCUUUUAUCGAGCCACUCCUGUCAUCUGCCAGAAGCCUGCAUGCAGGUUCUCCAUAACCACCUCGUUCAGAAUGCUUUUGAAUUGUGGUCAGCCUUCGCUACCUCAUGACCGUAGACUCGUCUCUAACACCUUCUGUAGAUUUGUCAGAUGACCCAGGUUGAAGGAAGUACAAAUGUUAAACUGUCAGUUCCAUUUUCACAAACUUUGCUUUAAAAAAAAUCUAUACAAGAUUAAACCUUGAAUGACCAGCUUUUGUUGCUCAUUCGUUGUCUCAUUUUUAUUCCAGGAAGUUCCCUCUGAAGCAGGGAGUGUCUGCAUAUAAAAUGGUCUGCAGUUCUCUGCUUCAUAGAUGCCAUCUCCACCUCCUCUUCUAUGCCCAUGGGAGGUCCUCGCAGUGCUUUUCCUGCCUCUUCCAGCCCCACCAUUCACUCCUCUACCUCAGUCACUGACCGGGCCUCCGUUCACGACAGCUGCACUCCGGCUGAGGGGGUAAGUACCCGAGGGGGAGCGGAGAUGCUUGGUGUGGAGGGCCAGCUGGGAGGCACCAGCACGUCCGGGGGCGGAGGUCCCGGCAGCGGCAGUGGUGGAGGUGGUGGUAGCACCAGGGCCGGGGGCAGUGGAGGAGGCACAGGAGGUGCAAGUUCCGGAGGAGGAGGAGGAGGACCCGGCGCCCAGCACCAGACUACCCCAUCCAAGCGGCGCACGGUGCUGAACAUCUCACCACCACCGGAAGACCUGUUCGACGACAGCCGCAUGUCCUGCCAAGACGAGCUGCUGCCAGACUCAGAGCAGAGCAGCAGCAUGUGGAUGGAUGACUCUGCCUCUAACUUCAGCCUCAUGAGCUCCAACUCAUACAACGACAACAACGAGGUGCCCCGCAAGUCCCGCAAGCGCACGCCGCGGCAGCGACCCGGGCCCAAGCCCGCCCCGGCCGAGGAGGCCAGCAUGGACGUAUUCGAUGCGGACAGCGCCAAAGGGCCUCACUUUGUCCUGUCUCAGCUGGGCCCCGACAGCAAGCCCGGUCCCAAAACGAGCUCAACAGAAUGUUCCCCGGCGUCCAGUCAGAAAGCUGGGACGCUGUCGGGGCAGUUCCCGGUGAAGGCCGAAGGCAAAGAGCUGAAGAUCCUGGUGCAACCUGAGACCCAACAUAGGGCACGAUACCUGACAGAGGGCAGUCGAGGCUCAGUCAAGGACCGCACGCAACAGGGCUUCCCCACCGUCAAGUUGGAGGGCGUGAAUGAGCCAGUGAUCCUGCAGGUGUUUGUGGGUAAUGACACGGGGCGCGUGAAGCCACACGGCUUCUACCAGGCCUGCAGGGUGACUGGCCGCAACACGACUGCCUGUAAGGAGGUGGACAUCGAGGGCACCACUGUCAUCGAAGUGUGUCUCGACCCCAGCAACAGCAUGACGUUAGCGGUGGACUGCGUGGGCAUCCUGAAACUGCGGAACGCUGACGUGGAGGCCCGCAUCGGGGUGGCCGGGUCCAAGAAGAAGAGCACGCGUGCCCGGCUGGUCUUCCGGGUCAACAUCCCACGGGCCGACGGCACACUUCUCACCCUCCAGGCCCCUUCAUCGCCCAUCCUCUGCACCCAGCCAGCGGGGGUCCCCGAAAUCCUGAAGAAGAGCCUGCACAGCUGCUCGGCAAAGGGAGGGGAGGAGGUCUUCCUCAUCGGAAAGAACUUCCUCAAGGGAACCAAAGUCAUCUUCCAGGAAAAUGCAUCAGAUGAAAAAUCUUGGAAGGCAGAAGCUGAGAUCGACACGGAAUUGUUCCACCAGAAUCACUUAAUCGUCAAAGUGCCGCCGUAUCAGAACCCGGCCAUCUCUGCUCCGGUGUCGGUGGGCAUUUAUGUGGUGACCAAUGCUGGGAGGUCCCACGAUGUUCAGCCUUUCACCUACACUCCAGAGCCAGCAGUGAAGGUGGUUGAUGUGCCAGUGAAGACGGAGACAUCGCCCCCCCCCAAACCCUGCUCUUUUGAAGAGCAUAUGAAAGUCAUACAAAGCAACAACUGUACCCUGGAAAGCACUCUGAUGGUGCCCAUGAUGCCUCUCGUUAAGAGGGAGGAGGUCACUCCCAUGGAGGUGUCCAGCAAUGCCGCAGCAACAGCCGUCUUCAAGACAUCCGAUGCGAUUGUGGCUGCACAGCAGCCACUGGACGUCCCUGCCAGUAGCAGCCCCUUCCCCGGCCCCAUGGCCAGACAGCAGGGCGACCCCGAGCCGCCACAGGGGGCAGUCUUUGCCACGGCUGAGCCGCUAAGCACCAUCCAGAAGCAGGACCUGGCACCCAGCGCCUCGUUCCCCGUGACGGGGGACUCCCUGCUCCAGCAGGUGCCCCAGUCCUUCCUCCUGGAGCCCGCAGAUGGCCUCAGUCGAGAGGGGGCUGAGGGCACGAUGGUAGGCCUCGCCCAGAUGGUGGACGUUCCUCAAGCCCAGACCCAACAGCCACAGCUCCCCCUCUUCUCCCAGGAUGGGGUCGCUCAGCUGGAGAGGGCAGUGAGACAGCUGCAGGCCGGGGGCUUCUCGGCCAGCGGGCCGGGCGGCAGCAGCUUGGUGCAGCAGGUCCUGGAGGCGGCCGCACAUCAGCAGCUCAACUCGGUUUUGUACAGCUCCGCCCCUCCCCCGGAAAGUAUCCAGCAGCAGGUCCAGGAGAACAUGAACAGCCUGCAUCUGCAGUCCGCUGACAGCCCACUGGCCAAUCAGCAGCAGCAGCAGCAACAACAGCAGCAGCAGCAGCAAGUCCUGGAGAACCUCCAGCAGCUCCAGUCGGAGCUCUUCCAGCCUCAGAUUCCCAUGCAGUGCUCCAUCUUCCCGGGGGGCUCACGCAGUGAGACCCCUGAGCAGCAGGGCUCUCCGCAGACCCUGGUCCAGGGCCACGGUGCCCUUUUCCAGCCGCCUGACGGUUUGAUUGGCAGUGCCGCACAGCAGCAGCAACAACAGCAGCAGCAGCAGCAACAACAGCAGCAACAGCAGGUGGCCCUUUUCCAACAAACGGGGGAGCUGCUCUCCAUCCAGACGUCCAGCUUUCUGCAGCAGCCUUCUGCUCACCCCUCUCCUAACCAGCAACUCUUUCACACCCCGAGCCCCUUGACGGACACGCAGGACCAGCAGAGGGCUCUGUUUCACGCCCAGAAGGGCCAGUCCACCCAGGAGCAGGUCCAGGCGGCCAUCUACCAGAACACGCUGAACGUGCUGACCGGCUCCAGCCUCUCUCAGGAGCAGCAGUCCGCGGGCUCCGGCCUCUUCCUGUCGCAGAGCGCCCUCCAGGGGCAGCUCACAGCAGAGGCCGGUCAGCAACAGCAGCAGCAGCAGCAGCAGCAGCUGGCCUUCCUCACCUCCAUGCAGACGCCAGGCGCCGAGCCGCAGCCGGUCUCCGUGUUCCAGGCGCAGCCGCAGCUGGCGUCACUGCAGCAGAGCAGCCCCAUGGAGCAGCAACAGUCUCCCCAGCAGCAGCAGGGAUCCCUCUUCCAGAGCCUGUCCCCCCACACCCCCAGCGGGGCACUCUCGCCCAGCCCCCAGCAGCCGCAGCCAGCCAGCCUGCUGUACUGUGGCAGCCCCCUCAACCCCCAGGAGCACCCCCCCGCCCUGCUCUUCAGCAGCCAGGCCCAGAUGGGUGCCGGGGGCCUCUCCUCGCAGGAGCCCACGAAUCAGGCGCUCCUCUUCCCUCAGAGCGUUGCCCAGCAGGAGCCGUUGGAGCCAAUGUCCUUCCAAGACCAGAGUUCCACGGUGGGGAACCCGUCCAGCAGCGAGUCCCCCAAACAAGGCCUCUUUCAGGAGCAGCAGCCCAUGCAGCUGGUGCCCAGCUCUGCUGGUGCCCCCGAGCAGCCCAUCGCCAUCUUCAUGCCCCAGGCCACGAUGACAGCCCUCCCACAGACCUCCAUCUUCACCACGCAGAACGGGGGCCUGCAGACCACCAGCUCCUCUCCUGUGCAGCAGCCCGGCACGCUGUUCCAGACGCCCGUGAGCGGCGCCAUGAGUCAGCCCGGGCAGGACCAGCAACCGGGGCUCUUCCUCUUUGGGAUCCAGAAUGAGUGCGGUCAGCUCAUAGAUUCUCCUGGGCCCACACUGUCCGACCAGCUCAUCGCCAUGAGUCAGUCGGGCCAGAACCAGCGGGAGAAUGAUGCUCAGAUCCAGUCCCUCCUUAACCAGUCCAUGUCUGAAUCCGGGAACAUGCAGAACAGCCUGACAACCUCCCAGAAUAUGGAGAAAAUUGAUGACCUCCUUGUGAGCCUCCAGGAUCAGAGGAACAACCUCUCCCCCUCCUACUAGCAGGACCUUUGGACUCAGAUUCUGGGAGGACUCCCGCCCAUUCGAAACCGAGAUGCUGCAGAGGAGGAGUGAGUGGCCACAGAAUCCUCUUCAAACUAACUGCCCCCUCAAGACAUUGGCUCCUCGUGGCUCGAACACAUCUCAGCUGAGACUGGCACAGAAGAUCAGUGUCAGAUGUCAACUGGACCUGAUGGGUGGUGGGGGGGGGGGACGACAAAGGUUACUUUAUCCCAGUUUGUCACAUUGUUGGAAUAUAAUUGCUAUUCCCCAAGAGAUGACAGAAUCAUUGUUGUGUAGCCCUCUACUGUUAAGUAACAGUCGUUACCAUGUCAGUUGACGAAACGGUUUAACGUCUCAGUUCUCAGCGUAGCACAUUGCAGCCCCCCCUACAGGGGGGUAGAUGUCAGUGAGCACAAAGGUGCCCUGUAGUUUAGAGUGCUGCCUGUGUCUAGUCCUAACUGUUUAUGAAACCACGGUUCUUUUUUAAUGUUAAAGAACUGUUUUAGGUAAAUAAUUGAAAAGAAGAUCUACAAAGCAAGAAAAAAUGUCCCUUUGUAUAUUUUUGACAUUAGACUUUCGGCACUUUAUAAUACUUUACUUUGAGACCAGUUACCCCUUGUACUGACCUGCAGCGCUCUCCGUCUCCGUCUCUGUCUCUCUCUCUCUGCUAUUUCAUUUUUUACAAAUUAUUUGUAAGUCUCUUGAUUGUUAUAUGAACAUCUCUGCCCAUAUUUACUGUACAUAUUUAUAGUAUUUUCUUACUCAUGCAUGCUUUUUUUAACUUAAAUUUUAUAAGGAGUUGGAUUCAUUGAAGCCCCCCGCCCCUCCUGCUCCAUUUUUACCCAGACCCUAAAGGGUAUAACGUAAAUUUCUCACACUGGUCGCUCAGAAUGAUGGAAAACAAGAUGAAGACAAGGGAGAGGUUAAGGGGGGGUGAAGAUAUACUGUAGGCCAGAAUUUAGGUCAUUCAUAAAAUGCAGUGUGCUCAUAACCAUAUAUAACAGUGUACACAUAAAAUCUGUGUGUGUCUAUUCAGAAUAAUGUAGUGUAUAUUGUUAAUUAUACUGCGUGUACAUAUAUACAUAUAUACUUUAUUUGUUAGUGAUGUCUCUACGGUGGAUGUCAUAAAAAAUUUUCAGCAUCUGGCACAUGUAAUAUAAAGGGGUGAAUUGGCAUUGGAUCCUACAGGAGCUCUCUGCCCCUUGUAGUACUAGCGUGAAACGCGUAACGCAGCUGUAUGUGUGACUGGAAGGCAACAAUUUUCCCGCUGUGGGACUCAUUCACUCACUUUUACCUUCGUCAGUUUUUUGCCAUGUGACGUGGUGCUACGUGCAGGAGGGAUAGAGACUUUUAUCAUUUUAACUAUAUUAACAGUCAUGUUUGUAUUAAUGUUGGUCUUACUGUACAACCCCCCGCUCUUGCCUCAUGCUCCGCACCUGGCUUUGUGCAAAAUUGGGAAAAUUGGGGGAAAAACGGCAGGCAGAUGUCUGACAUUUCAUCACCUGCCACCCCAUUACACAUCAGCACCCUGCCAACGUUAUGGCUGAAGCUGGCAUAUGUUUGCAUCUUCUUUUCUCUUUUAACAGAGUAGGAGUGGAAAUCGUGUGCUUUUUUUUUUCUUUCUUUCUUUCAAACACCUGGUGGUGUGUAAAGCUGUAAAUCUCAACCUGCUGGGUGCUUCUCAAAGCUGCCAAACUCGUUUAUCUAUUUCCACACACGUACCCCGAGUGUGUGGCUGGAACAGACAGGGCUCUGGCUAAAGUUUUGUUCAUAGUGUGACUAUGCAGCUAAAAUAUUUGCCGAACCUGAGAGAUUGGUCUCUGUGAUGACGACAAUGAAAAUGGCGCCGUGAAAUCUUCUUUUUACAUCUGUGUCCUUGUUGGUGUUUUUAACUGUUGUUAUAAUAAUUACAUUUACUAAUUGUUGGAAAUAAGCAGCUUUCCAUAGCGGGUGUUUGUGAAGGUCAUCAGUGAAGGGCCCUUUAUCCUCUCAAUACUCAAGUGUUAUCUUUUAGUUGUUUAAAGGAACCUACUACAGAAUCUGUAGCUGCAAGUGGACUUCUGAAGGAAAUUACUGUCUGUGAUUUAGAUUUUUUUUUCCCUUCAACUUGGAUGUCAGAUUUUGUUUCCAAUAUGGAUUUUUGUAUAUUUUUAGUUUCAUUUUUCCUGGUUUAGAUCUUGGCCAUUGCCUCUCUUUCAUCACAUAUAUGAUUCACAUUCACAUUCAAGACUGACAGCAGUGAAUGACAAUUAUCAUCUACGAUUGACUUCACGUACAAGUAAGAUUUUGGUUUAAAUCCACGGCCCAGUUCUUAAUAUUUAUCCUUCUCUAGUUUUCCCAUUAAAAAUGGAUAUUUGGCUGAGCAACUCCCUUCUGAAAUUGCAGUUCAAAAAAUUAUGUAAUCGUAAUGGAACGUUCAGCAUUAUAUUACAACAUUAUUGGAAAAAAUCCCAGAUGUACCUUGUACACUUGAUUGAGAGACACAUUUUUAUUGUUUAUAUGCUUUUUCUUAUGCUUGGUUUUUCCCUAAAAACGAAGAGUGCAACAAUAUAGAGAACUGAUGUUUUUGUGGGGAACCUAUGCUGUACUAUCAACAUGUGCAACUUAUGACAUUUCAUCAUGCAAAGCACAGGUUUCCAUGCAUUCUGGGACAACAAUGAUAAGUGACAUCAUAUAAGUGGUAAAACAUUAAUCAAAACUCUGAUUUCAGAGUCAUAAAGACAUGUACAUUGUGUACAUUACCUCAUAAAAGGUGUAGGUUGUACUUAGACCUCCUACAUCUGAGAUCGGACCAAUUAAGAUAAGACAUUCUUUAUAUAUUCUUAUACAUAAAAAUAUUUUGGCAGUGGAAUUUGGUAAAAUUUAUUUGAUAAGAAUAAACACGAUGAAUGAUC